GUGCCACCUCAGCACCGCUCGAACUGUUAAAUACUCCCAACUUGGAAGAACCGAGCUCUCAUUUCUGUCUCGAAAUCAGAAAGAAACAGGGCGGAGGAGAAGACGCCGCCAUGGUCAAGCUCUGGUGCAUCUUCUUGUCGCUUGUGCUCCUACUCCUAGUCCUCCUUGCUGCGUCUGCCGAGUGCAGGUGUGAGAGUACGAUGAAAACCCAACUCCCUGCUCUCGAGAAACCUUACCAUAACGCUAGACACCAAGAAGCUCUCAAGUACAAGCUCGCGGCCAUCUUCUCCAUCCUCGCCGCCAGCUUCCUCGGCGUCUCCCUCCCCAUCCUGGGCAAGAAGCUCCCCUCCCUCCACCCGGACAACCCCAUCUUCUUCCUCAUCAAGUCCUUCGCCGCCGGCGUCAUCCUCUCCACGGCCUUCGUCCACAUCCUCCCCGACGCCUUCUCCAGCCUCGCCAGCCCCUCCCUCGGCGAGACCCCGUGGCACAACUUCCCCUUCGCGGGGUUCUUCGCGAUGCUCGCGGCCAUUGGGACGAUGAUGGUGGACACGUUCGCGACCAGCUACUUCGAGCGGUCGCACUUUGGCAAGGCGGCGGAUGAGUUGCCGGCGGCAGUGGCGGGGAAGGGGGACGAGGAGAAGGACAUGCACGAGGUGCACACUCAUGCGACUCAUGGGCAUGCUCAUGGCUCUGCCCACGACUUCAAGUCUUCUCAGCUCAUAAGGCAUCGCAUCGUUUCUCAGGUGCUGGAAUUAGGGGUGGUGGUUCAUUCCGUGAUAAUAGGAGUAUCACUAGGAGCAUCUGAGAGUCCUCGAACCAUCAAGCCUCUUGUAGCAGCACUGACCUUUCACCAGUUAUUUGAAGGCAUCGGGCUCGGAGGAUGCAUUUCUCAGGCCAAGUUCGAGCCCCGGAAAAUAGCAGGGAUGGUGGCGUUCUUCUGCCUCACGACGCCAGUUGGAAUAGGCGUAGGAAUGGGGAUGUCGACCAUGUAUGAGGAGGGCAAGCCGAGCGCUCUCAUUGUGGAAGGGUCCCUCAACUCUGCAUCAGCCGGGAUACUGACUUACAUGGCGCUCGUGGAUCUGAUUGCAGCCGAUUACAUGAACCCCAUCAUGCUCCACAAUCUCAAGCUCCAGAUGGGUGCAAAUCUCUCUCUCCUCUUGGGCUCUGCCUCCAUGUCUCUCUUGGCCACCUGGGCAUAGACAAUGGCAAAUGCAUCUCUCUUUGUUUGUCCAAAUAAGAUCCUGCAAUCUUUUUGUAUCAUUUUCCAGGGUCUUUCCUC